GUUUCUAUCGGAAACAGUCUCUCUACCCAGGUUAGGGGUAAGUUGUUGUUUUUGUUGUUGGGUAGGAUGAUUGCAUUGGCUUUAAUGCAUAAAAUACAAAUUGGCGUAGUGUUCGAUCGUGUGUUCAUUUUGCAAUUGGCUGGAGAGGAAAUUUCAUUGGAAGACAUUAGGGAUGCAGAUCCAUACUUGUACAGUAGCUGCAAACAAGAUACUGGAGAUAGAUCCUGAGACGGUGGAUCAAGAUAUACUAGGCUUGACAUUUGUUUGUGAAGUUGAAGAGUUAGGGUCCAGGAAAGUGGUCGAGCUUUGUCUCGACGGGAAAGAUACUGUUGUGAACAGUAAGAAUAGGAAGAAGUAUGUUAAUCUACUUAUUCAACAUUUGUUUGUCACAUCAAUUGCUCAGCAGGUAGCCCAUUUUUCUCAAGGUUUUGCUGAUAUAACUACCUCAAGGCUCCAAAUAUCCUUUUUUCGGAGUUUAGAUCUUAAAGAUCUUAACUGGACGCUUGAUGGGAAUGGAAGUGCGGUUUCUGUGGAAGACUGGAAAGCACAUACAGAUUACAAAGGCUACAAAGAAAGUGAUCCCCAAAUAUCCUGGUUCUGGAAGAUAGUUGGGCGUAUGUCUGCUGAGCAGAGAAAGGUCCUCCUUUUCUUCUGGACUUCAAUUAAGUAUCUACCUCUAGAGGGUUUUGGUGGUUUGGCUUCUAGACUUUACAUUUAAAGAAACCUCGAAGUCUUAUGAUCACUUACCUUCUGCACAAACAUGCUUCUACCGCAUACGCUUUCCUCCCUAUCAAUCCAUGGCUGUAAUGCAAGAUCGACUCCAGGUAAUCACCCAAGAGCAUGUUGGUUGCAGCUUUGGUACCUGGUAACAUCUACCAAUUUUGGGAUUGAACUUGCACAUAAUCAGCUUGUACAUGAAGUAGGAUAUACUUACCUAUUUAAAGUUUGAUGUUUAUGGUCUAGUUUUGUUUCCCCUCUCUACAUUGCUGAAGCUCAUACUUUCAACUCAAUGACAAGUUAGAAGAACUAACUGAACUUUGCUUACUUCUUGCUGAAUGCAAGCCCUUUCUUUUUCCUUAUCAACUUUUAUAGAAUAUAGAGGUAUCGGAUCUAUUGAUAAAGAAAGAAGUUCCAGUCCAUCUUGUUUUCUCUAUGCAUUGUCAGUUUCAUUUUUUUAUUUUUUUUUUCCCCUAUUAGUUUGUGUUUACAUGGUUGAUUGUACUUUCCAGCCUCUCUUUUUUUCAUCAAUGGUGUAUGGAGGUAUAUUUUCCACGCGUGAGUAAGUCUCAUUCUCACUUGAAUUCAAGUACAAAAACACUAGAGUUGUAAAUUUGUUGGUUGGCAUCUGUAUUACUUAUUCCGUAUCUGGAUAUCAUUCUCUCCGUCAUCUUCCUCUUCUCCAAUCUGCAUUUACUCGUCUUCUACCAGAGAAGCAGAUAAAGAUGUGGAAUAACGAUCUACAGGAGCUAAUCUGAUUUAUGACCAUAUUUCAAGGUGUUUCUAUUUGUACAGCAUUUUGCUAAACCAUUGUUAUGUAUGUAUUUAUGCAGCUAGCAGUGCUUCAUACUUAUUUAACUUUUCUAUUGUACAUAUUGAACC